CCCAAGUCUCCGCUGGAAGUUGCAGAGACCGAAGGGAUUUCAAGUUCUGAAAGUACGAACCAAAUAAUUCUCUUCCUGUUGAGUUCGCCCAUGAUGGUGGCUUUAGAUCGUAUCUCAGGCGUGGCGACCCACCAAGUCAAACCUGGUUACGGCACAGAAGCAGAAGAAUCACAGGUGGAGCCUUAUCCUGCCAAAUCGCUCACCCACCUGGUACUUCACGGGCAGAUUCCGUUUGAGGUUCUUAGGGACGUCCAAUUUCCCGUUUUGCAAGAGAUAAACCAGAUGAACCUCGAGCAUGUUCCUUGUCUACGCCUCGAGUGUCAACCUGGCAUACACUUUUGGGACCUUGGAAAAGGCUUUGAAUACUCCCAAUCCUUUCGUGAUGAAAUCAUCCCGGGCAUCUUCUCAAAGCUCGGAAAUCUUCGGACCGUCUACGCUACUGGAUGCAUAUGGAAGACGUUUGCUUGGAUUUUUGAUGCAUGGAGUCUCGAAUUCGAGGUUGCUUCAACCAAAAAAUGUCAAGAAUUUCAUGCUAUUUCGAUGGAGAAGGUGCGAGAUGCGAUGGAAGGGAAAGUACCUGAAGAUGGGGAAGGCUGGAUACAAUCUCUUUAUCCAGAUGAUGAGUAUGGGAAUGAUAUGGGCGAAUAUUUGAGUAAAGAGACCUCCAGUUGA